GCUGCACCCGUGACGCCAUGACGCAUCGUUCCCAAACAUUUCUGAGGAAAAGCCACGUUGACGACUCUAGACUGGAGUUCCGUGCUGAAUUUGAGCCAGAAUAAAGCGAGAAGUAGCCAGCGCACACCCUUGACGGCGACACACUUUGCAGCCUGAAGUAUGUCGUCUCCACCGAAAGAGAAGAUCGAAACCAGGGGUGGACAUCCUCCUGCGGUGAAGGCCGGGGGGAUGAGGAUCGUGCAGAAGCACCAGCCGACUGCUGUUCCGGAACCUCCGCCAAAAGAUGACGAUGAAGAGGAGUAUGUGAGCAGUAGUCCACCGAAGGCCCCGUUGAUUGUGUCCGGAGUGGUUACCAAGGGCGAUAAGGACUUCACCCCGGCUGCUGCCCAGGUGGCGCACCAGAAGCCCCAGCCUGGCAUCCCCAAGCUGCCCCCCUCUCAGCACAUCAACCAGCACAUCCAUCAGCCCCGUAAGUGAGCUGGAAGCUCGCUACACUGUGGCCAUGCUAACUCCACCGGUCGGCCUUCCCAACUGAACACAAUUUACCGCAAGGUAUGGAUGUCCUCUGAUUGAUAGGUCUUUUUUUUUUUUUGUCUGUUGUGAAAUUGUCUGCAAUAGAGGCCUAAUACUAUUCUGGCUAUUAUUUCAACCCAAGUCCUGAAACUUGCCCUGCAUUGGUGCUGCACUGAUAGUGGUGCACUUUUGUCUCCAGUUUCCUUCUUUCCCCGCCCUCCCCCCAAAAAAACAACAACAACAAUAAAAACAAUCUGAUUGAAAACAUGUUUUCAUAGUCAGGCCGUUGCCGCAUUGCACGUGGGCCACAAAAAGGAGAAACUGUAUUCUAACCAAUAAACAUUCCAGCAGUGCAACCACUAAUUGGUCAGUCUUAAUGAAGGGAAGAAUCCUUUGAACUGAAUGGCUCAUUCUUUGGUGCCCUCAAAUAUUGCGUCAACGGCUUAGUUAGCUGCUUUGAUGUGAGCCACCAAGGUGUAUUAUAAAGUGUAACAUAGCAAAUCUUAAUGCAGUUGACCAUUUAGCUUUUUCAUCCUCUUCAUCGCUGCACUGUUAAUGUGGUCUGCACGUGCAACCUGCUUUAAACAAAGAUAAUCCCAGAGUGCCUGUUGACAUCCUGCACCGUGCUAUUUUAUGUUUCAUCUAUUUCAGCAGCUAAUCAAGCCAAAUCCUUUGCAAGUUGUGUACCUUAUAUCGGAAGCAACAGAGAUGUAUGCUGUUUUUUUGUUUGUUUGUUUUUUGGGAGGGGGCUUUCAUUCAAACGUUAACAUACCAAGAGUCUGAAGAUACAACAAGCCAAACAAAAGCCCCAUCGCCAAAAAACAUCAAAUAUGUAAAUCGGAAGGAGCAAGGUGUAAAAAAAAAACCUUAACCAUUCCAUCUUUUUGGUUGUGAUGAACUGAGUUCUGUUCCACACAAGCCUUCUGUAUUUCUAACAUAUCAAGACACAUAAACCACCAUCACUGCUAAGUUGCAGCAGUAAGAAGUACAAAUCAUUUGCUUUUAAUUUAAGAUGAAGAAUUUUAUUGUUGCCGUCUUUCACAUUUCUCUUGCAUUAAAUCUUCCACUGUUUCAACUGGAGUUUGGUAUUGGUUGUGGUUGUCGUCGUAAAUAAAGACAGAAAUGAUCAUAAA